AUGCUGGAGAACCCCCUCCACCCUCUCUACGAGCUCGACUGGGUGGAGGGGGUUCUCCAGCAUUUGCACCAGGCCACGGACCCAAACAACACCCCCCUGUUUAAGCCCUCCAUGCUGCAGUGUUGGAGGAUUCAGUGGGUCCACAUCCUGCGCAGCUGCCUGAGUGACCCUGAGGUAGAGGGCGGGAUACUGUACCGUCACGGAGGAACUCUGCAGCUAAACCACGUGUCUAGAGAGGGUGCAAAGGUCCCUGCCUGGAUCCCCAUCCGUGGCACCUCGCAGCAGGAGGGCUAUCAUUUCCAGCAGGCCCAGUGGAUGACGGGAACACAGGCCUCCUCAGAGCUGUUCCAGGCCCAAGGCCUAACAGGAGUGUGCCGCUGGAACUUUCAGCGCCUGGUGGACCUAAAGCAGCCUGGUGUGUGUCUGCCUUCAGUGUUUGAUCCUGCCCUCAUGCAGUCUGUGAACACUGUCUCCAAAUGCGUCAGGUUUGGGCUUGAGUAUGCAGAGCCAGAAUGUCGUCCUGUCCCUUUAGACUGGGACAAACAUUAA